AUGAGCUCAGUGUGCCAGCCUUGUCAGCAAUGGGAGGGCGUCAUGGCAUCCAUUUGUAAUGCUGAUGUCGCCCGCUUCGAAGAGAAGGAGAUGAUUUCCGAAGUCUUAUCCCCAGAGUACAAUGAACAGCCGCCCGGGGGCUUUGCGAAUGCAUGCGCCCGGGCUAGCAGCAGUCAGGUUUACGAGAUGCAGAUGCAGCCUGUCCUACCCCCUUCGGAGUCCCAGAGCCGGGAUAUGCCGAAAGCUCCUGCUAGGCCAAGCGAUGAAAAAGUGCAGGAGUUCGUCAGACAGUUUCAGCAAGUGGAAUCCAGACAAGCUUCCUCAAAGGAGGCUCUGGAACAGAUCUCCACCUUGGUGGAGGUCACUGUCGACAUGUUUGGCACUCUAAAUGGCGCUCUGAAUCAAAUGAAGACAGACAUCGGACAUUUACAUGCCAAUCUAUCUUCGUUGGAGACAAAGGUGAGUCAGACAUCUGUUCCAAGCACCUUGCCACUUCCGGCGUCUCAGGUUGCAGAGAAGUCGGCAGGUGAUGAUGUUGUGGAGACCUCGGGCAAGGAAGUCAGUCUAGAAGCUUGCUUCGGGGAUGAACCCGUGCAAUCUUUGCAGCUGUCUUUCACCAGUGAGCCUACCUUUGCUUCGACAACACCCGAUAGUGAUCGGCAAUCAGAGUUGACAUCCCUGGAUGUAUCCAAGAUCAGUGGCAAAAGUUCAACAGAGGGGCCCGCUCACCCGCAUCCCAACGAAGCGCUGGUGUCUUUGAUCAAUGUUGCCUUGAAGCACCCUGAUCUCUCGGGCGCCCCUUUGCUUCGCCAGUGGCAGUUCCAGCAGCAGAGGGUGAAAUCUCAGCGAGAGCUGAACGUGGACCUUGUUGCCAAGAAGUCCGUGCUUGCCGUACAGAAUCAGCAAUUUGCUGCACUGGUCCGCGUGGCCAUGCAUCAUGGGUCGCUGGAGGGCCGUGACCUACUGCACCAGUUUGAGUCAGAGCUCCACUUCGAGGUGCGAGUUUGUCUUCGAGUUGGGUUGUGUAAAAGGGACUCUUUGGGAGUGUGGUCACGUCGUUACAUCCUAGUUGUGCUUUGA